AAGAAAAUGGCGUUUGAUGAAGAAGACGUUAUUGUAGUCUUUAAAGUCCUGCGUUCUUAAUCUGUUGGAGUGUGUACACUUAUGUCGUUUAAUGGAGUAAACAUCGUUCAUGAUAGUUUGUGUUUGGAUACGUUAGUCUUCUUGUGCUAGCUUAGCGCUAGUUAGCUUAGCUUGCUAGCUGCUAACAAAGAAACUCGUAGGUUAUUCCAUCCAUCCAUUUCUCUACCGCUUGUCCCUUUUUGGAGUUAUUAUAAAGAUUGAAUGUGAGUGUAAAGUGUCGUGAUUGUGUGAACAUGUGCGAAGGAAUGAUGGCAGAGUACGAGGAGGAACUUUCUUCAACCAAACAACAUCAACUACUGGACGCUGUUCUCAAGAAAUAUAAACGUGUCUUACUCAGUACAGAAUUCCACAGUAUUCUGGACAUCUGUGUUGGUGAAUCUUCUGUGUUGGUGAAUCUUCUGCAAUUUCUUCAAUGAACAAUGGAGACAGCAAAGAAGAAAGCUGUAAGUGGGAAGCGGUGUAUUGCGGCCGGCUGCAGCAACACAAACAGAGCCGGUGUUUCAUUGUUUAAAUUCCCGAAAGAUGACAGUCAAGCUUUACUAUGGAACAGAGAGGUCAAGCGAACACGGUUGGAUUGGACCACACACACAAAGGCAGAGAUGGGCAUCGCCACCACCCGUCGACUGGUGCUGAAGAAAGGUGCGGGGCCAACUAUUUUCAACAUACCACGGCCAGGCAUCAGUGGGAGUGUCACUGUCAGUGCUCCCAGUGCCAGUACUUCAACAAGUUCAGACCACCCCACCCCCUCCACAAGUGGACAGACCGUGCACAUGAGGUCUGCAUUUAACAAAAGGAGAAGGAAGAUGACAAUAGAUCAGAUCAUGGCCAGUACGACUACGGCAUCAGUGGUGGAUGAACCAAUGGCAAUGGCACUAGAUUUGCCUGAUGAGGAGGGCGAUCAAGAUCAGGGAAGUAAACAAGGAUGCCAGAGGGACUGGGUACCGAUUGGGACAGCACCAACGCCAAUGACUAGUAGCAGGAGCACCCGAACAGGGAAAAGACAUCAUAGAUCAAAGGACAUCCAUCAGCUGAUUGGACAUCAAGAAGGAUGUCUCCUUCCUCUGCAGGGGGGCGGCUUCACUGUGGAGCGCGGCUAUCCACAGCCACCCCGCGUAAAAGAAGAGGAGGAUCCACAGCCCCUUGAUAUUAAAGAGGAAAAGGAGGAUACACAGCAUCCCCAAGACGUCCAGCAGCCCCCCCACAUUAAAGAGGAAGAGGAGGAGCUCUGGAUCACUCAGGAGGAAGAGUGUCUUCUCGGGCAGGAGGAGGCUGAUCUCACCAAGUUUCCACUGACUGUUGUCUUGGUGAAGACUGAAGAGCACGAAGAGAAACCACCUGAGUCCUCACAGCUUCAUCACAGUCCAAAUGUCUGUGAAGAAGGUCUUCUCCCUGAGCAGCAGGAGUGGACCUCCAGGAUGAAGCCGGAGGAGCCACGGCCCCCACACAUCAAAGAGGAAGAGGUGGAGCCUCAAGACCCACACAUGAAAGAAGAAGAGGAGGAACACAGCAUCAGUCGAGAGGAAAAGCACAUUGAAGAACUGGAGAAAGCUGGUGUCCCCAAGAAGCCAUUGACUGGUGUCACUGUGAAGAGUAAAGACAAGUUCAAAGGUGAUAUCAAGACACGUCACACACACUUUCAAUGCUCUCACUGUGACAAAACUUUUACUCGCCAGCAUAGUAUGAAAAGUCACAUGAGAACGCACACUGGAGAAAAAGAUGUUCUCUGUUCAAUCUGCGGUAAAAGUUAUGCACAGAGUGAUUUGAAAAAACACAUGAGAACACACACCGGAGAAACCCCUUUCAUCUGUUUGAUCUGUGGUAAAAGUUUUACACAAAAUGGGAAUCUGAAAACACACAUGAAAAUUCACGCUGGAGAUAAAGACUUUUCCUGUUCAAUCUGUGGUAAAGGUUUCAUACAAAAAGGUAAUUUGAAAACACACAUGAAAUCACACAAUGAGGAAAAAGAUUUUCCCUGUUCAAUCUGUGGUAAAGAUUUUACAGUAAAGUGUAAUUUGAUAAGACACAUGAGAACGCACACUGGAGAAAACCCGUUUUCCUGUUACCACUGCACAAAAAGCUUUUCGGAACAUUCAACACUCGUACAGCACAUGAGAGAACACAACGGAGAAAAAACAUUCACGUGCUCUUACUGUGACAAAACGUUUCAACGGGCUUGUCAUCUGAAAAAUCACACAAGAAUACACACAGGCGAAAAACGCUUUUUCUGUUCAAUUUGUCAUAAGUGUUUUCGGGAUAAUACAGACUUUCAAAGACACAUGAGAACACACACCGGAGAAAAACCUUUCGAGUGCUCCUUUUGCGGAAAAAGAUUCUGUGACAAGGAAAGUUUGAAAAUACACACAAGAAUACACACUGGUGAAAAACCUUAUGCCUGUUCAAGGUGCAACAAAAGAUUCUCUGUGCGAUCAAGCCUUCUAGUGCACAUGAGAACACACACUGGAGAUAAACCAUUCAUGUGCUCAAUUUGUGACAAAAGAUACCUGCGAAAGGCAGACUUGGUAAUACACACAAGGACGCAUACUGGUGAGAAACCCUUUAUCUGUUCGGUGUGUGGUAAAUGUUUUGCACAACAUCCCUGUUUGAAAAAACACAUGAGAAUACACUCUGGGAAAAAAACAUAUCCCUUGGCAAGGUGCAACAAAGGUUUUACUAAACGUAAAUCACUUGUAAGACACCUGAGAACACACACAGGAGAGAAAGUACCGGAGUAAGAAACAAUUUGAAAUAACGCUGACGUUCUAACAACAUCACCACUUGUAACGUGUGUGACACAAUCAUGUCAUAAUGCUUCCACCAUUUUUAGAUCACGUUUUCUUUGUUUUGUAUUUUACUUCCAGUCAAGUACAUGUAUUAUUAUAAGCUCUCCCUACUCCUUUUUUGGACAUAUUGUCAUGUGAAAUUGUGAAUAUGUGAUGUAUACACUGUAGAUACAGUAUAUGCAUGUUCACAAUAAAAUAAUACCAAUAUCAAACAGCUGCAGUAUUCAGAGGAUUCAUUUCAAAUCCAAAAAUGUUUUUAAUUGAUUGAAGCUUUUAUUGGCAGAUCGUCAGGGAAGAGAUGGAUGAAAGGGGGGGGGGUGAAGAUGUGAAAAUAGAUGCUGAAAGACUUGACUUUUCAAAUCAUAAUGCAAAAGGACAAGAAGUCCAAAUAUAAAUUAGUGAAAAUCAAAAUAUGAGAAGCAGCAUUCAGGAGCAAAUAUUAAAAAGUCAAAGAUUGUUCAGUUUUGUGCAGCUGACAUUUUAAACUGGAGGACUUUGACCGGACUGGAAAGUCAACUCAUUUGAAGAAAGAAAUGAAACCAUAUUCCCCCCAUAUUGCUUGUUCCAUAUUCGGUGUUUAAGAAAACUGAGCAAUAAUUAACAUUUUAUUCAUGCACUUUUUCUUGCUACUUCAAGGCUUGAAUGUUUGAUUCAGUCAUUAUUAUUUUACUUUCAGAUGUAUUAUUAGCCCGUGGAAAAAGUUAAUUUUGAUGUUCACCUCAGAAGGCUGCAAAUGGAAAAUUGGCAUUCAAUUUUUAUUUACCUUUUAUUUGAUAUGCCAUUGAUAUUUUUUAACUAUUAUUUGUUGAAAGUGGACUUUGCAUGUCACUAUAAAGUUAUAUAAGCCUUGCGUGUUCAAUAUUCAAUGCAAAACUUGUUUGG